AUACUGUCUUUAAAUAGCUAGCCAGAAUGUCUUUCGAAUCUAAAGUUGUGAUUGUGACCGGCGCUAGUUCAGGCAUUGGCGAAGCAGCAGCCCUCGCAUUUGCUCAAGAAAAAGCUGAUGUAGUUAUAGUUGGCAGAAAUGAAGAAAGAUUAAAAAAGGUCGCAGAAUUAUGUGAAGCAAAGGGAAAAGCCCCUCUGGUAUUAAAAGCCGAUGUUACCAACGAUACAGAUGCAAAAAGGAUCAUCACAGAAACAAUAGAGAAAUACAAUAAACUAGAUAUUCUAGUUAACAACGCAGGAGUACUUCUUGAUGCUACUCUUGAAGAUGGUGACAUUUUAUCUACCUUUGACGAAACUAUUAAGACCAAUGUUCGUUCCGUUGUAAAUUUGACAAUGUUAGCGACACCAUAUCUUAAAGCCAGUAAAGGCAAUGUCCUUAAUGUGUCGAGUGUGGCUGGUACUCAACUAGUUUCAUAUAAAUAUACAGCAUAUUGUAUGUCAAAAGCGGCUAUUAAUCAUUUUACAAGAGGUGCAGCAUUGGAACUAGGUAGAUACGGUGUUAGAGUCAACGCAAUCAGCCCUGGACCUGUUAAAACAAGAUUAUUCAAUACUUCAACUGUUAUUGAUGAAUUGGAGUUAAAAACUGUUUUAAAUCGAUGGAGUGAUUCAGAAGAAAUAGCUGAUACUAUAUUGUAUUUACAGGAAAAUUAACAAAUUGGUAAAUUGCACAUACACAAUUACCAUUCAAUAUAUGUAGGAAAAAGAUGAAUUACUUGGUUUUACGUACAGAAAUGAUCCUAUAAAUAUUAAUAAGGACCAGUAUACUCUUCAGUGUUUUGCAGGGAACGAAGCUACUACCAU